GGUGGCUUGCCACAGUUGGGACAGCUUGUUUGCUCUACAUAUACAAUAAUCAUCCUUGGUACCUUCAGCAAUAGAACAGUAGUAGUUGUUCUAAGAAGAGGAAGAAUGGCAUUUGUCGUGGACACAGAACAAGGGGCCACUGGACCAAGCUUGAUUUCAUAUGCCAUGCAAGGGAAAUGGGAAAAAGUUGUAGAUAUAUGCAAGGAAGAUCCGUGGGCUCAUGAUGAGAAGACCGCUACAUCAGGGGACACGGCAUUGCAUAUAGCAGUAUCAGAUGGCAGAGAAGAUGUAGUGGUAAAACUAGUCCAACUGAUGGCCCAUCGCAACGUGUAUCUGAUUAAUAUAAAAAAUGAUCGAGGGAACACCCCUCUCCAUUUGGCGGCGUCAGUAGGCAACGUUCGCAUGUGCAAGUGCAUAGCUGCUGAGUAUCCAGAACUGGUGGGUGUUCGCAACAAUGAAAAUGAGACCCCUCUCUUCUUAGCAGCUCUCCAUGGUAUGAAAGACGCUUUCCUUUGCCUCUCUAACAUAUGUAGCAGUACUGCUAACAACAAAGUGUAUGAGUACCUUCGGAGGAGUGAUGGAGAAAAUAGUCUUCACUGUGCCAUCACCGGAGAAUACUUCGAUUUGGCAUUUACAAUUAUUCACGAGUAUCCUGACCUCGUCAAUUAUGUCGAUGAGAGAGGAAUCUCCCCUCUCCACCUCCUUGCUUCUAAGGCUACUUUAUUCAGAAGCGGAACUCGACUGAAUUGGUUCAACGAAAUCAUUUAUCUUUGUGUGCCUGUCAAAAAGCUCCUUCCACAGAAAUAUGAAGCUGCCGAGAACCCUAACCAUACAGAGAAUUUCUAUAUAUUAACCAACUUAUGGAACAUGAUCAAAGCAUCAGGUGGGUUAAGUGAUUCCCAUAUUAAUUCAUCAUUUUAGUUAUGCAUAUGAGACUUCGACCAGAUAGUUACUCAUGAAUUUGCAUUGGGCUAAUAAGUAAAUCCAGAACCUUCUUGAAUUCAGCUCAAGAGCAAAUUAGGAUGAAAAGUUCAAUUCUAGACAAUCUGGUUAAACUUUAAUUGAUUGAGCACUUUUUUUUAGAACCAUAAAUUUAUUGAGUACAAAUUAAAUCAUUAAUUUAUUGAGCUUGAGAUAUAUCUUCCAAUAAAUUUCUUGCUUGUAUCACCUAAUCAACCAAGUUUAAUUAGUCCAUAAAUGUUUUCUUUUGAGAACCUUUAUUUAUUUAUUUUUUGGGUUCUCAAUUUGUGUGCUACUUAUAUCCCAAAUGAACACUAGUGUAAGAGUCUUGCUCUGAGAAUACUCCAAACCUCUUUUUAAUUUACAGGUAAAUAAUCAAAUAACGCUCGAAGACAAGAGCAGCCUCAUCCAAAUUAUUAUGGCAUUUGCUAUGAGAACUUCAUCAAGCUUAUAGCUAAAGUAUGGGCAUUGCCGGCUGUUAU